GUCUAUAUAAGAGCUAGUGCAUGCCUCUCCAUAUAACAUCUCCAGCCAUUUUUGUGUAUGCUGUUAUCACAGGGCUCCAUGAUGUGACAGCGGAACUGUUGGAGAUUCACGGCCUUUUGCAGCAGUUGGCGUAAGGCACCUGAGCUGUCACAAGAUGCUCACAGGCAGGAAAUAGAGCUGAGCCCAGUCAAUGGACAUUUUAGAGCAGAGAGAACAACAAAGCCACCUGGCUGGUAGUUGUCUGCUUUAGGGAAAAAGUAACAGAUUAGCUCAAGCUGCCUGGUGGUACUGAGAUGGGAAGCAUCACCAUCGAUUGAUUUACUGGCAGGGGAAGGAGUCUGGAAACUUCUAGAGGAAGAGAAGUGGAAGGAGUAAAGGAACAGCUAGCUAUUCAUAUGGAUUUUGCAGGAAAUUGGAAAUGUAGUUAACGUCCGAGAAAGGCAAACUUUGCUAUAUCAGUGGAAGAGGACGAACGGAAUCUAUACGGUGGCUGUUGGCCGUCGCUGGUGUUGCAGUGAGGUUUCUAAACAAAAAGCUGAAUGGCUCGAAUGGGUUGAGCUGGCUGAGCUUCUCUCAGUACUGACAGUAAAGUGUUUGGGAACACGAGAAAGGUGGCUGCAGACUGAGAGUUGUCAUUCCUGACUCAGUAAUUUACCUUGCUGUCCUUGCAGUUUGAAGAAGAAUUUCUGGAAAGCAGAAAGCCGUAUGGAAUGUUACUGCAAGGCACUUCGAUACCCGUACUUCCAAGUUGGACAUUCCCUGGGCAUUCAGGAACUGGGGAAACAGAAGGAACUCCAUGAUAAAUCGGCUCUGCAUCAUGUUAAACCUGUCCCUCCAGCACAACCCCCUCCAAAACCCCACACACGUGUUUCUUCAAGGCCAUAUCAGCAAAGCCAGCCUUCUCAGCAUUUGAUGUAUCCAUAUAAGAUGGACACCUCUGGAGCUGAUCACAGUAGCCAUUUACGAGAGGACAAGUCGAACCAGGUGCUGCUGCCUGCAAUUCACAGUAAGGUCCCUCAACAGAAAAUAUCUGAUGGUGAUGAGAACAUAAAUAGUGAACUUCAGCCAAAAACUAGGCGAAGAUGGGGGCAUUUUGCUAGAACAGUGAAGAGUUCUGAAGCCUGGGAUGAUUUGGAAGAUCUUGAUUUCAACUCUUCCCUCAUGAGAGCUGACUUGAAAAACAAGAAGAGGCAGAGUGAUGAAACUCUUUGUAGAUUUGAAAGCAUUUUGGAUCUGAAGCCUUCGGAUGCUGUAGGUUCUGGCAACAGUGCACCUUCGCAUGCUACCUUUCCAAGCCAGGACACUCCCACAUUGCGAGUUUCUGCAGCAAAGCAGCACUACCUGAGACAUUCUAGGUAUCUUCCUGGAAUAAGCACAAGGAAUAGCAUAGUGUCCACUUCAAGCAAAGAGUCUGUUCCAUCUAAUCCCUGGCCUGGUUCUGGUUUCCCUGGGAAACCUUCAGGUUUGGGAGGAAGUAUCAACAGGAUGAAUUCGGGGCCCAUAGGAUCAAGCAGUCUAACUAGUGGUUAUAUCCCUUCAUUUCUGAAGAAGGAAGUAGGCUCUGCUGGGCAGAGGGUUCAGUUAGCGCCAAUUGUGGAUCCAUCUUCUAAUUAUGCUGCUUUGAAGUCAGUAGGACCCCAUCUUGGACAACCAUCAUUUAAUUCACCUUCAAAAAGCACACAAAGGUUAAUGCCUCUUCCACCACCAGCUCAGCAAAUCCAUGGACGUAUUGACUGGUCUUCAAAGUAUGGUGCUCACCGGUGACAUAUGGAAAUACUUUCUGAACCUGUGCAUAUUUCCCAUGAAAUGGUGACUAACAUGAAACAAUUUGAUAUCAUUUUGUAAACCUGUAAAUUUAAAAGAAACAGAUCCUCUAUGAGUGAGACACUUUGAAGUUUUUAUUUUUAUUUCUAUUAAUUUGAAUUCAGUCUUGUACCUUUUUGUAUAAAAUUGUUAUAUAAUUGGGUCCAAUUAUUUUCAUAAAUCUGAUACAUUUUGUAUAUAUGGCUUCGGGGGAGGCGUUUUUAUAUGAUGAACUUUUAUAAUGAACUUUUAAAAUUUUAACUUUUCCUUUAUUAGAUUCAAUUUUUUUAUGAAAGUGGGUAGAAAAAGCAAAGCGGUGCAAUAUUGCAGUGAAAGAGCAGUUUUGAGGAAGGGGCAUUCAUCAGACAUUUUCUGAAGGUUGUGCUGAAUGUGGCAUUACUGAAGUUAUUACUUCUUCAUCUUGAUGCCAUGCUGCUGUUGUCAUCUACUCAUUUGCUUCAUACUGACAUCAGGGGAAUGACUGAAAGUACUUUCCUUUCCUUUGCAGUCAGUGGGAGACUGAUGAAAGUCCCAAGUCAAUGGAAGACUCUUUUUGGUAUUUAUUUUUGCCUUUACGAGGCUCAUGUUGGACUGCUCUCUAGCUUUCCAGCUCCAUUCUCGGUUCCCAUUGAGGGUUAAUGGAAAUUUGGCCUGCACGCGAGCAGCAGAAACAGACUAGACUGUUGUAUUGGCUGCAUCCAGCCUGUGUUUCGCUUUUGCCAAACUGGGGGGACUCUUCUGUUUGACGGGUAUUCAAGAGAUCUGUUUUCUGACACAGCAUUUAUUUGUCCUGCUUCAGAGUUGCUUCUUGGCAUUGUUCACCAUGAAAUAGAAUGGGGAUCCACUUGUGUGAAAUUUAUUUUAAACUUCCUAAUGAGAAGAAAAACAGAUUCUGCCUUUUUUUCUUCCCUUGGUAGGGAAUAUAGGAUCUUAAGACAUAUUUAACACAGUAUUGACUAUGACAAAGCUGGUUGCCUAGACAGAGUAACAGAGUGUUAGUGAUAGCCAGCAGCAGAGUUUAAGGAAACAGUGAGUAUGCAGCUGACUUGAUUUUCAAAAGGUGCCCCCUCCCUACCCUCUGCUGCUGCAAAUUAGUAAGCUUAAGCUUACUUCAGUUCUUUUUCACUUCAGAGCUUCGCUUGCAAUAGGUGAAUAUGCCCGUUUCCAUAAAUUAGGUCCCAGUUCUCCACUGGGGAAAAAAAAGUGAGCCCUUACCACGCUCCUGCUAAUAACCAUUCUAAAAUUGAAUUCAGUUGAUUUCACUGAAACUGAUGCAGUUCUUUGAAGGGAGAAGUAAGUAACUGGCUUUAAAAGAGAAAAGGAAUUAGAAGGUAAUAGACCAUAGGAUAUGGCCCUGCAGGCUGAGUUUCUUCUGCCCUGGAAAGGGUGCCAGAGUUCAGCCACUGGCAAAGAGUAAAUUUAGAUCACAGUCAGCAUUUGGGUAUUCUUGCACCUCCUCCCAUAGAAAAUUAAGCCUGUGGAUAAAACUGACUCAGUGCUGUGGAGGAGCAUCUACUCUUACAGCUGUGUUUUGAAACAGCACAGCAUAACUGUAGUAUGUAAAUAACCCUUCCUGCAGAAGUUUUCAGGAGUGCUUUUUGGAAACCUCGUCCGAGUUCCCUUUUAUAAACAAAUCGGACAAAUCUUAGAUCUGUGGGAUGGGGCAGAUACAAUUCUCUGUGCCUGGCUGCUCUGCGGGGGCUAGGGGGCAAGUCUGAUGGUGAGAUCCUCCUGGUGGGAUCUGUCUACACGUGCAAGUGGCAGCCUCUUGCUUGCAUGGCCACCACAGCAAGUAGUGAUCCCCUGUACAUAGGAGAAAAAGAGCGGAAGGGUCUAUGCGGUAAGAGAAACGUGCGUAUAGGAUUUGUACGUGCCAAGGGUAUGUCGUGUGUCCACCUUCCCAACUUACUUAACUGUAACAAAUACUAAUUCCAAACUACAUGUAACUGCCUCCAAAGCAGUGUUGCCGCUGUGUAGCAAUAAACUAAAGCAGCAAUUUUGAACUCUAAAGCACACACUAACAGUGUAUUUAGGCAAGCGGAGAGGGAAAUCUGUAUCUUUGUGUUAGAACCAGACGGAUACUUAUUUCCACCAGGAGAAAAACUAUCUAGAUUUAUGUCUAUAUUAUUUCCUCAUUGGAGAUCUUGGUCCCAAGCAGAAAAAAUCCUGAUGCUGUCAUUGCUUAAAUUACCUACUGUAGGAAUUAUCUGCUUAGGUCAGUCUGUUUCAUGCACUUAACUCCUACUAAUGGAAGCAGGAGACAAGUCAUAAGGCUGUUGCUGUGGCUUGGAUUCCUCCUGGCAGGCGCAAGCCUCUUCGUUGUGAGCUGUCCGUCUGGGCAGAGGUGAGGGAGUGAGAAUCGCCCCAUGAGAGAUUCAGCUCACCUGAGGGCAGCCCUCUGGAGGUGCCUGGGCAAUUCUGCUAAUUUUUUCUUAUUUCUGCUAAGUCCAUGAAAUAGUUCCUAUCAUUAAAGUAAUAGAGGAUGAGUCUGGGCUUGACCUGAACUUUCUGAACCUUAAUCAACCCUGUAGUGAUUUCCUUGCAUAUAGCAUUCAGGUUUUGGAUUAGUUCAGUGAGGGGAUUAAAAAAAAUAGUAGUAGAAAGUUGUUCAAUAUAUCUUCUCCUUUCCCAAAUUAAAAACUUUGGAAAGAAGCGAAUAGCCUUGUCAUUCAAAAUCACAUGUUCUAGUUUUAACUUUGAUUUGAUGUGAGAGAAAAACUGCAGAGUGGGAAGUGUGAUGACAACACUCUUAGUGCUCUUUCUGCUCAAGCAGAUUCCUGAUGAAAUGGAAGAAAGUCCUGUUUGAAUGAGGACUAGCUUGACUACGUAUUUUAAUGAUGUGCUUUGUCAGUGUGCAAUAUAGCUGGAAAAGGCAUUAGACUUCUGUACUGAAAUCUGGACAAAAGCAGCGUAUCUGAGAAUUUCUCAUAUGCAACGUACUACUUUGUCUUAAGAUUCAGCAGCAUCUUUAUGCAAAAUAUUUUUAAAAACCUGUUGUUUACAUUUUCUCGGGCUAUGCGUAGCAUUUAAUGACUGUUGGAAAUGAAGGAGCCUGGUAGUGGACUCAUGCCCCUCUAUAAUCCAGUUUUCUUAAGUCUUGUGUAAGUAAGUGCCAUGAUGUUAGCCAAAAAAAGAACCCCGGAAAACCCAUUUCCAUGGUAUUUCGUUAUCAUCUAGUCUAGCCUGGUAAGGUUGUUGAUGUGAAGAGGAUGACCCGUGAAGUGGGGAGGAAAAUGUUUUUUGAAAGGACAUCUCUGAGCUUAUGUGGAAAGAGAAGAUGAAAUUGUCAUGGCGAAAAAGAUCGUAAAGAAAUAACGGUUCUUGUUUAUUCAGUGUUCUUGUUCAGAAAUGUUAUAAAUGUUUAUUUCAGUACUUCUGUCAAGUCUCUUGCCCAAAAUAAAAGUUACUCUUGAAGAAA